AAUUUUUUCUUGCGACUUGUCAGCCGCGUUCCAAGUCUCUCUCCGUGAGAUGGCUAGGUUUUUUACCCUGAACACUGGGGCACAGAUUCCUUCGGUAGGGCUGGGAACGUGGCAGGCAGAGCCCGGCGUCGUCGGAGAUGCUGUAAUAGCCGCCGUCAAGGAGUGGUUUGCUUUUUGGCUCUGAAAUUUAUGUUGCAGUUAUGAUGGUGCAGGCUGGUUAUAGGCAUAUUGAUUGUGCUCGAGCAUACAGCAAUGAGGAGGAGGUUGGUUUGGCUUUGAAGAAGUUGUUUGACGAGGGUGUAGUGAAGCGUGAAGAUUUGUUUAUCACCUCUAAACUAUGGAGCAGUGAUCAUGCACCGGAAGAUGUGCCAGUGGCAAUGGAUUUAACUUUGAGUGAAUUACAGCUUGAUUAUGUAGAUCUUUACCUUAUCCAUUGGCCAGUUCGGGUUAAAAAGGGUAGUCGCAUCAGUCCUGAAAACUUUGUCCAACUUGAUAUACCUGCUACAUGGGGAGCAAUGGAAAAACUAUAUGAUUCAGGUAAAGCUCGCGCCAUUGGCGUGAGCAAUUUUUCUACCAAGAAGUUGGAAGAUUUGGUUGUGACUGCACAUGUACCUCCAGCCGUCAUUCAGGUGGAAUGCCAUCCCAGUUGGCAACAGAUGAAGCUCCAUGCAUUCUGUCAAUCAAAAGGCAUUCACCUCUCUGCAUAUUCCCCACUGGGUUCACCUGGGACAACAUGGAUCAAGGGCAGCAAUGUACUUACACACCCAAUCGUGGGGAUGGUUGCAGAGAAAUUGGGCAAGAGUCCUGCACAAGUUGCAUUGCGUUGGGGCCUUCAAAUGGGUCAUAGUGUGCUGCCCAAGAGCACAAAUGAAGCAAGGAUAAAAGAAAAUUUGGACCUUUUUGAUUGGUCCAUUCCUGAUGACUUGUUUGCCAAGUUCUCUGAAAUUGAACAGGCAAGGCUAAUUAGGGGCAACUUUGCUGUUCAGCCUCAAAGUGGUUACAAAAGCGUGGAGGAACUCUGGGAUGGCGAGAUCUAAGCAGGCCAAUGUUUCGCCCAGCAUUCAUGCAAAUCUAAGAAUGAUUUUAUCUGAUUCUAAGAUAUAUAUAUAUUCCUGUCUUAUCAUCUUCAAGUGCUUAAUUUUCUAGUCCUUCUUUGUCCCUAUAAAAAGCACUGUGAUUAAUAACAUGUGUGUCGAUUGGCAUGCAGGCGGUGUUAUUCCUUAUGA